AAUCUUAAUUUACUUGUUUAAUUUGGGAGCUAUCAGGCGGUUCGGAAUGUGAAAGAUUUGGAGAGCCUAAAGGUGCCAGCCAACUAUCGGACUAUGAAUUCCUUUUGGAAGUAUUACUCUGGAGAGAAAGCUGCACCAUUUCCAACUUUAUUCAUUUGUGGUAAUCAUGAAGCAUCCAACUAUCUUUGGGAGUUGUACUAUGGUGGGUGGGCUGCUCCACAAAUUUUCUUUCUCGGAUUUGCAGGAGUUGUUAAGUUUGGAAAUGUUCGUAUUGGUGGACUUUCUGGAAUUUAUAAUGCAAAAGACUAUUAUUCUGGGCACCAUGAGAAGCAACCUUACGAUAAUAAUAAUAACGACAUCAUGUCCAUAUAUCAUGUUCGUGAGUAUGAUGUUCAUAAGCUGAUGCAAGUUAAGGAGCCAAUUGAUAUUUUUCUUUCUCAUGAUUGGCCACUUGGCAUUACCGAUUAUGGAAACUCACAAGAUCUUUUACGCCGAAAAUCUCAUUUUCAACAAGAGGUACCAUUUUAUAACUUAUGCUAUGCUUUGACUGCAAGAGAUCUUAUGGCUAAGUUGAGGCCAUCUUACUGGUUUUCGGCACAUUUACACUGCAAAUUUUCGGCUCUCGUUCAACAUGGAGAAAACGGGCCCGUUACGAAAUUUCUUGCUCUCGAUAAGUGCCUCCCUGGAAAUAAAUUUUUGCAGGUUGCUGCUACUUUCUGUGGUAAACAGGUUAUCGAAAUUGAAUCAGAAAAUGGGCCUCACGAACUCCAAUACGACGAGGAAUGGCUUGCAAUCACUAAGAAAUUUAACCCAAUUUUCCCUCGGACUAAAUUACGACCAAAUUUUAGUGAUGCUAAGCUGAAUUUGGAAGAGUGCCGCCGGUUUGUGAAGGAUAAGUUGCAAACUCGAGGCAGAAAGCCUUUUGAAUUUGUUGCAACUGCUCCAUGCCAUAAUUCUUCUCAAUAUGCGACUAACAAUUUUCCUUCUGGACAUUGUAGGAACCCUCAAACAGAAGCUCUAUUAGAGUUACUAGGCCUCGAGUAUUUUCUUGAUUAG